UUCUCUGUGGCUGGGGAAGCACUUCCUGCCGCGGUAGGGGCGCCGCCGCCGCCGCGCGUGAAGCGCCAUGUCGGACUCUGAGGAAUAUUCGUCGGGGGAGGACGAGGAUUACCUGCCCUCAGGUGAGGACUACAGCGAAGACGAUGUGAGCGAAUUAGUAAAAGAGGACGAGGCGGAGGAGGAGGAGAACCCGGCAAGAUGCAAGAAGAAUGCCAAGGGCCUCACGUGUCGGAACAGGAGCAAGAAAGGCGGCCUCUUAGCAAAAGAUGGAAGAAAGCCCCCGCAGGAUGAUGACAGCGAAGACAGUGAUUCAGGAGAAAGUCAUAACACGCCUCUAAAAGAAAAUGAGAGAAGGGAAAAAGAGGAAGCACUGUGGGCCAGCUUUCUUAGCGAUGUGGGCCAGAAACCAAAAGCAGCUGCUACAGCUGAAGCAUCCUGCACACAGGAAGGCAAGCCAGCUGAAGAGGAGAACUCUUGCAAGCCUCAGGAAGCAAGAACAGAACCCGGGCAGAGCAAAGUUGCCAUCACCCAGGUGUUUGACUUUGCUGGAGAAGAGGUGAGAGUCACGAAGGAGGUGGAUGCUGCAUCCAAAGAAGCACAGCUCUUUCUGAAGCAGCAGGAGCAGAAGCCGGCGGAUCCCGCGUCUCACCCUACAGUUUCUGGGGUGAAGCGGCCGAGUGGCAUGAACCACCUGCUGGGCAAAAUCACGGCCAAAAAGCAGAAGCUGAGCACGCUGGAGAAAUCCAAGCUUGACUGGGAGAGCUUCAAAGAAGAGGAGGGCAUCAGCGAUGAGCUGGCCAUCCAUAACAGAGGGAAAGACGGGUACCUCGAGAGGCAGGCGUUCCUAGAGCGAGUCGAUCACCGGCAGUUUGAGCGUGAGCGGGACAUCCGUUUGAGCACCAUGAAGCCCUGAGGUGGCAGUGGGGGCGGCAGGGCCCGAUCCCCACAGUGCCUCCCACCCGGCCAACCCCAGAAGACUCCACGACCCACACGGGUUUCCUUUUCCACCGCAAUUGUGCGUAGGGAACUGAGGUCACCGUGGCAGACGACUGGCCCGCUGACGGGGCUGCCAUGCGGGGCUUGUCCGUAGCCGCUUGCCAGGGCUGGGGCUGCAGUGGCCAUGUUCCCGGUCUUCGGGCUCCUGGUAGUUAGGACGGGCAAGGCAGACCCCUUGCUCGGAGGGAGCCCCUUGCCUGCUCGCGCCCGCCAGUGGGAGCUGGUUCCACGGGGCCAGCCCUGGGAUGGCGGCAGUCGGAGGCGUGCGCAGCUGCUUCAUGCCGCGUGAGGACUCCUUCCCAAGGGAAGGCCCCGUGCGGCCCUGCGUCGCACCAACGUCACACCCGUGGCGAGCCACCCCGGAGUUCCCACGCCAGAUCUUUGCAAAGCUUCACCCCAGGAUUUUGAGAGCACCACCUCCCCACAUCGUUCGCGCCAUGCUCCGCAGGAACCUCGGCGUGCCGGUGGCGGCGGUGUGUCUGAGGAAGGCCAGCCUUCCCUUGAAUAAAGAGCUCUGCCUGUCCUGA